AUGUACUGGUCAAUCCACGCUAUGCAGCUGGCACAUGAACUGGGGCUCGUCUUAAUGUACAGAGAAGCAGCGGAGGCGUUGUGUUAUUCAGCAAAGCAACUCACAAACCAUGUUGACUUCCCUGGCGUGAUCGACGAGCUGUAUAAGACGUGUGGCCAGCACCCAGACUUCCCCGACAAUCUUGCAAGGAUUGCAAGGACCAUUGCAAAGAACUGCCUGAUAAAUAGACGUCUGCAAGAUCAACUAAAACCCGUCAUGCUAAAACACCCGCAGCUUGCCCUCGACGCAAUGGAAGCAACCUUGGACGCUCUGACCGAAACCCGAAAGGAUCUCAUCGAAGCUGAGGAUGAGAUCUCCGACAUUCGAGCUCAGGGAUAUCGAGCUGAUGACUGUUGGGCCGAAGCUGAGCGUGAAAGGGAUCGAGAAAGAGAGCGGGAUCGGGAGAGGAGAGAGGGAGAGGCGAUCCGCGAUGGCAGCUUUGAGUUCAAGAUUAUCCAGGGCAGCAAGAAACGAAGCCGCUCUUCUUCUCAUGGCACUGAACAAUAUGCAGAACCAGGAGGAAAGAUUUAG